UCAAAAGAGUAGUUUCCCCUUCCUACAUAGAAACCAGUAGACGCGUUUUCUUUUAAUUAUUUAAUUCUUGUCAAUUAAUUAUCGUAAUUGUAUACUAGAUCUUGUCGACUUGUCUUAUAUCUAAUCUAGAUCAGGUUUAACUGUUUAAGUAAUUAAGUGCCAUAUUCAGACAUAUAAAUAUGCCCGUUGGGAAUUCUGCAAAUAAGUUAACAAAAAGUAAAAAGAAAGAUGACGUUCAGCAAAAGGUUUUGGAAAUAAAACAACGACAGCAGAACUGGAUGAAGCAAAGAGAUAUUAGUCAAAAGGAUGAAAUAAGUAACAAAAAAAAAAUGAAACCACAAUUACCUGCAGCAAAUCUUAAUUCAAACUUCAAGAAUGAAAUGCCAUCUUCAAAAACCAAUGUCAAAACUCUAUCACCUGACCAGAAGGAUAAAAUUCAUGUGCGGGAGAAGUUUAAACACUGGAUUGAUAUAAGAAAUGAAACAAAGAAAAAUGAUGACACAGGAGAUCUCAAUGACAACCUCAGCAUUAGAAGUGGUGCAGAGAGUGAACUAGAGAGGCUUGUCUCCCCUGAACCAGAUUCUAGACUUCCUACUCAGGAGCAUGAUUUCAAAAACUUAGCAGAGAAAAUCGCCAACAAAGUGAAGGAAGAUUUAGGUCUCUCACAGUCUAGCUCUUCACUGAGUGCUUCAACUGCCAUUUCAUUUUCUGAUAGCAGAACUGGUUCUAAUCAUUUCAAUCAGGAAAAAACAACCUCAACUGAGAAAACUGGUCUGGCGAGUCACAGCUGCUUUGUUUGUAAAAACCUAAUGAUUUCAUCUCAGCAUGUUCCUAUGAUGGUUAUUCCAUGUGGCCACACACUAUGCAAAACAUGCUCUGAAAAAAGAAAUUCAUGCCCAUCAUGUGACUGCCCAAUUAAAUCCCUAACAAUCAACAUAAUGCUCCAGCAAGUCAUUCAAGAAUACCACACACCAAAGUCAAAAUCAACUUUUAAGACUUUAGAUAGAAGUUCCAAUAGUAACAAUGAAAAUAAAAACUAUUAUUUGACUUACAGCAGUGCAGAAAUUCAUCAACCUGUUCUGUCUUAUAAGACACAACUUUCAUCUCUUCAAACAAGACAUGAUAUUUUAAGUAAUGAAUAUGAAACUAUGACAAACAGCUUGGGACUGUUAAUGAAAAAAUUCCAGCAGCAGCAUAGACAAGUUCAGAAUAUAAAAACACAAGAGGAGGAAGUAGAAAAAGCUAUACAUGAACUUCAGACCAGAUUAGCAGCUCUUAAGUCACAUAGGGCCCAAUAUGAAAAAGAAGUCUUAGAAUUGCAGACUGAAAAAGCUGAAGUAGACAGUAAGAUAGGAAUACUCAAGGAAACCUUAUCCUCUUUAGAGAGAGAAAUUGAAAAAGUGAAGUUACUCUCAGAAACAGAAUAGAGCUUUUUAUUUUAUUUUUAAAAACUGACAGUGGUUAAAAAAAAAAAGUUUUAAUACCCUGUAGUUUAGUAAAUAUCUUGUUAACACAAAAGUAGAGACGCCAUAAAUAGUGUAAAUAUAAUUCUAUUUAUUUGUAAAAAGCAAUACACUUUAUAAUAAAAUCAUAAUAUAUUCAUGAAAAACAAAUUCUUGAUUUCUAAUUUGAUAGUUGAAAAAAUGUAACAUUGUUCAUAAACUCUUUGUUAGAAAUCCAAACAAAAGGAUGGAAUGGAAUCUGAAGUUACAAUGGUAAUAAAGUCAAAUGAAUAGAAAUGUAUAGAUAUAGUUUAGAAACAUCAACAAUAAAAGCAGUAAUAAUAUUUGGAGGCACAUUACAUUAAAGAACAAGUAGAAAAAAUAUUCCUCACAGUAAAUCAAGAAAAAUAAAA